CUAAAGUUACAGCAGUGAGACAGGGAUUUCUUUACUAUCUAAGGUUUUUCUCUCUAAUAAAACAUCUGAAACUCAAGACAUCUUCAGAAAUCUCUUGCUGAAACAUGUUGGAAGUCAGUGGAUCUUGUUUUCACCCGGAAGAUAUUUUUCCCUACCUCGUUUUGAAUUGAUCUGUCGACAGAUGUGGCAGCCAUACCCUUUGGUUGGCUUGGCUUUUGAAGUCAUUUGUGGAAGACAGAGAUGAAUCUCCUUCACACUGGUACUUGGCAAAACAACGCUGCACCUUUCUGGCUUCUGAAAUUCAGUUUUAUUUGGCUUCUCAGUCACAAGUGCUGCACGGCAAGUUCAGUCUGGACUGCUUACAUGAACAUAUCAUUUCAUGUGGGGAACCGAAUGUUGUCAGAGCUGGGGGAGACUGGGGUCUUCGGGAGAAGUUCCAACUUGAAGAAAGUAGCAGGAGUUGUUGUGCCACCAGAGGGAAAAACUCAGAAUGCCUGUGAUCCCAAUACCAGUUUCCCCCGGCCACAGAACAAGGAGCCGUGGAUUGCUCUCAUUGAGCGUGGAGGUUGCACUUUCACACAGAAAAUUAAGGUGGCAUCUGAGAACGGAGCCAGAGGGGUGAUAAUCUAUAACUUCCCAGGGACUGGCAACCAGGUUUUCCCCAUGUCUCACCAGACAUUCGAAGACACUGUUGUUGUUAUGAUAGGGAACUUAAAAGGCAUGGAGAUUUUGCAUUUGAUUCGGAAGGGAGUUCAUGUUACAGUCAUGGUUGAGGUGGGGAGAAAACAUAUCAUCUGGCUGAAUCACUAUUUUGUCUCCUUUAUGAUCGUCACAACUGCUACUUUAGCGUAUUUCACCUUUUAUCAUAUUCGGAGACUUUGGGUUGCAAGGAUUGAGAACAGGAGAUGGAAGCGACUAACAAGAGAACUCAAGAAAGCUUUUGGCCAGCUGCAAGUCCGAGUAUUAAAAGAGGAUGACGAGGAAGUGAGUCCAAAUGCGGACAGCUGUGUCAUCUGCUUUGAGCCCUACAAGCCUAGUGAUACGAUUCGUAUUCUCACUUGUAAACACUUUUUCCACAAGAACUGCAUCGACCCCUGGAUUCUCACUCACGGCACAUGCCCCAUGUGCAAAUGUGACAUUCUGAAAGCUCUGGGGAUUCAGGUGGACAUUGAGGUUGGAACAGAUUCCCUGCAAGUUCUGAUGGCCAGUGAGCUGCCUGGAACCUUUUUGCCUAUGGAAGAAGAGACAGAUAACGAACUUCCUCCUGCAAGAACUUCGGGAAAGGUGACCCAUGUGCAGGAGAACUCGACUUCUGCAAACACUGGGAGUCAGUCUCCUGCAGCCGAGGAAACUGGUCAUACGUCACUUGGACAGCAUGACCUUUGAGCAAGUGGAUUAAACCUGUUUGUCAAAUCAAGUCCUCAUACAGACAA